AUGCUUCCUCCCCUUCCAUUGGGUGGUAUCCGAGAAGCUGCCUCGGCAUCCUCGUGGCACAGUGCCCGCCCAACAACGGGCAGGAGCUUCAGUGAUCGUGGGCAGUCCGAUCCCGGUGUGUUAAUGGAGCAUGCAGGUCGUCUGGCAGCCAUCCGCGAAGCGGAGAAGGAUGAGCAGGCGGCCAGGCAGAAGGCCUUGGCGAAGCAGGCAGCGGAGCUCUCCCAGGCUGCGGCACUAGGCGCAGCUGGACGCUGGCGUUCACCGCGGGUGGAGGUUCCAGGUGCCAAGGACGCCUUGUCCAACAUCGCCGACCUUCGAAAGGCCAUGCAGGACUUGCGGCGAGAAUGCCUCGAUGCGCGUGCGCUGAGCCCAAUGCUUGUGCCGAGCCAGCCGGCGGACGUGUACAAAGGCCGGGAGCUUGCGAAUUGA